AUGUCCUUCGAGCCCAUCACCGGCGGAAGCCAGCAAAGCAGGCCUUUAAUCAUCAAGCAAAAUGGCACCGAAGCAUCGAUUCCCAUCCCUCUUUCCAUCUGGCCCAUCGCCGAAGAUGUGAAAGAAACAUUUUUGGCCACCACAGUCGAAGCCGACAUGUCCGAGCUGGAACUCACAACACGCAUUCUCGAUCUGGGGUUAGAGUCUGCCAAUGCGGCACAGGUCGAAUCGGAGGCCGCUAGCCGAUUCUCUUUCGUCGCCGUCGUCUUCCGUCAUCUGCAAACCCGUCUGCUCAAGGACAACGACAUCCACUCCGUCACUCGCGAUUUGGACCCCGCUACUCGCUCGACUCUUAUCCGCACCUAUUAUCUCGCCCUCGUGGCUCUGAAGCGUCAAGAUCUUCUGUCUGUGACCCCCGACGAUACCCCUCCAUCUGCUCUCUUUGCCGCCGCCAAAUCUGGCCGCGCUCACUUGCUUGCAGUCUUUGGUGGUCAAGGCAAUGUUGAAGAAUACUUUGACGAACUGGUGUCGCUGUUCACCACCUACGAGGCGUAUGCUCGCCCUAUGGUCUACCAAGGCGCUCUCACCCUCGCCCUUCACUCGUCUUCCACCGAGGCUCAGUCCAACUAUUCAUCUAAGAUCGAUGUCAUGGAAUGGCUCGAGAAGCCAGACACCCGACCCAGCACCGAACAGCUUCUUCGCACAGAUCUCAGUCUUCCAUUGAUCGGGCUGACUCAGCUCACCAACUACUACGUCACAUUUAAAAUUUUGGGCAAGACUCCCGGUCAACUUCGCGAUCUCCUUGCGGGAACCACCGGGCACAGUCAAGGAAUCGUUUCAUCCGUCGUCAUCUCAGCAUCCGAGACUGAAAAAGAGUUUUUCGAAAACACACAAAAGGCGUUGGCUUUGCUCUACUGGCUUGGAGUCAGGUCUCAACGCGCUUGCCCUGUCAUCACUCUCAACCCGAGGAUCUUGCAGGACUCCUUGGCUCACCAAGAAGGUGUUCCAACCCCUAUGUUGGCUGUGAACGGUGUGCGAUACUCCGAGGUUCAAAAGCAUGCCGAUGCUACCAACUCCUUCCUCCCCGCUGAUCGUCGCAUCCAACUCUCGCUCAUCAAUGGAUCCCGUUCCACUAUCUUCACCGGUCCUUCUCAAUCCUUGUACGGUCUCAAUGUCUCCCUUCGCAAGCUGAAGGCUGAAGCCGGCCAAGACCAAUCCCGCAUCCCUCACUCGCAGCGCAAAGUCAAAUUCCUCUCAAAGUUCCUCCCUGUCGCCGUCCCAUUCCACAGCGAAUACUUGAAGGGCGUUCCCCAAGCCCUGGCAAAGGACAUCGAGGCCCAUUCGUUGAACUUUGAUGUCAAGAAGCUUCGCAUACCCGUCUACCACACCAACACUGGCGAGGACUUGAGGAAUGACGCCGACGUUACUGGAUCCCUCGUUCGUCAAAUCUGCCUAGAGCCCGUUCACUGGGAGAAGGCUACCAGCAAAAAGGACAUCACGCACAUCCUCGAUUUCGGUCCUGGUGGUGCGUCGGGCAUUGGUAUGCUGACUCACCGAAACAUGGAGGGGACUGGUGUUCAGGUUAUCUUGGCUGGAACACUCGACAAUGUCCCUGUGGAUCUGCUGAACCGUAGCUACGUGUUCGAUCGUGACGUGCACUCGGUUCAGUUCGCUCCCAACUGGGCAGAGAAGUACCGCCCCAAACUCAUUCGCAUCGCCAGUACCAAUGAAGUGCACGUCGACACACCCUUCAGUAGGCUGCUUGGAAAGGCGCCACUGAUGGUCGCCGGUAUGACACCUUGCACGAUGAACGAACAGUUCGUCUCGGCCAUCAUCAAUGCUGGUUUCCACGUCGAACUUGCCGGCGGUGGUCAGCACACGGAACAGCAUCUCCGCGACCGUGUGCAAAGCAUCAUCGAGCGCAUCGCCCCCGGUGAAGGCAUCACCCUUAACAUCCUGUUCCUGAACCCUCGCCUGUGGGGGUUCCAAUACCCCGCGGUGCAGGCGAUGCGUCGUGAAGGAAUCCCGAUGGAAGGUGUUUGUGUCGCUGCCGGUGUUCCCUCGCCUGAUGUCGCGGACGACGUCAUCAAGAACUUGAAGGCCGCUGGACUCAAGCACGUUGCCUUCAAGCCCGGAAGCGUCGAGACCAUUCGCAGGGUCAUCUCCAUCGCAAAGAACAACCCGGACAUGCCCAUUAUCCUUCAGUGGACCGGCGGUCGUGGUGGAGGUCACCACUCCUACGAAGACUUCCAUGCGCCCAUGUUGGAGACCUACGGAUCGAUCCGUCGUCAGAGCAACCUGAUCCUCGUCGUCGGAAGUGGAUUCGGUGAUGCCGAAGGCACCCUCCCCUACCUCACCGGAGAGUGGAGCACGCAGUUCGACUACCCUCCCAUGCCGUUCGACGGUCUCCUCUUCGGCUCUCGCGUCAUGGUCGCCAAGGAGGCCAUCACAUCCCCCGAAGUCAAGCAGCUCAUCGUAGACGCCCCCGGUAUCACCGACGAGUCUCAAUGGGAGCGCACGUACAAGUCAGAGGUCGGCGGUAUCAUGACCGUGAAGUCCGAGCUUGGCGAGCCCAUCCACAAGAUUGCCAACCGCGGUAUCCGUUUCUGGAAGGAGAUGGACGAUGACAUCUUCAGCCUUCCCCGUGACAAGCGUCUACCUGUGCUACUGAAGAAAAAGGAUUACAUCAUCAAACGCCUGAACGAAGACUUCCAGAAGCCUUGGUUCGGUCGUAAAGCCGACGGCAGGGCGUGCGAGCUGCACGAGAUGACCUACGAGGAAGUCUUGGACCGCAUGCUCGAGCUCCUUUACGUUAAGCACCAGUCCCGCUGGAUCGACCCCACUCUGCGAGACACGUUCGCUGACUUUGUUCGCCGCGUUGAAGAGCGCUUUGUCACCGGACAAACCAUCUCGCUUCUGCAAUCGUACGAUUCCCUUGACGAGGACCCGCAAGCAUUCUUGGAAGGUUUCCUCGAUGUUUACACCGGCGCCAAGGCUCAGACGCUUACGCAGGAAGAUGUCUUUUACUUCCUCACCGUCUGCUCAUAUCCAUGGCGCAAGCCCGUGACCUUCAUCCCCGUAUUCGACGACAAGUUCGAAUUCUGGUUCAAGAAGGAUUCGCUGUGGCAGUCGGAAGACGUCGAUGCUAUUGUCGACCGGGAUGUUCAGCGUGUGGCGAUCUUGCAAGGUCCUGUGGCCGUCCGUCACUGCACCAAGGUUGAUCAACCCGUGAAGGAGAUUCUGGGUGACAUCUACAGCGCGCACAUCGACGCCAUUAAGAAGAUCUACUACGGCGAUAGCGACGCCGCCAUCCCUACCGUCGAGUACCUCGGUGCUCGUGUCAUCAGUGGUGCAUCCGACAGGCAAUUGCAAGGAACGUCCAUCACUUCUCUCCAGGAAGGCUCCAUCAUGUACGAGCUCACUCGUCAGCAAUCGCAGCUCCCUUCACCGUCCGACUACCUAGACUUCAUCGCCGGCCCUGACCACACAUGGCUUCGUGCAUUGCUGACCUCGGAAGCAAUCGUUCAAGGAAAACUUCUUAUUCCCAACCCGGUCAUCAACUUCCUCCGACCUAGACCGGCUCAGACUGCGUUCGUGAAAUACGAUUCUCGGAAACAGCCUGCGCUUUUGACUGUGCACAACCGUGAUGUGGACAAGGUCACCCCCGACCGUCACCCGGCACUGGUCAUCACCGUCGAGGGUAGUACUAUCAAAGUUACUCUUUACCACAAGAAGGACAAGAAGUACGUUCCCUUAGAAUUGAUCUUCCGUUACAUGCCGUGGCAAGGGCAUCACCCUAUCCAUGAAGUCAUGGAGGGAAGGAACGACCGCAUCAAAAAAUUCUACGGUGCCUUGUGGGAUGUCAACGCCGCUGAAUUCAACAUGUCUCCGCGCGAUACCUUCACAUCCACCUUCAAGAUCGAGUCUCGUCACGUCCUCGAUUUCAACCAAAUCGUCGGCAACAACGCCGAGCUCUUCAACAUCGGCAAUGCCAACCAUACCGCUCCUAUGGACUUUGCCAUCGUCGCCGGAUGGAAGUCGCUCGUCACCGCGAUUCUGCCGAAGGAGAUCGACGGUGAUCUUCUCAAGCUUGUCCACCUUUCGAACGAGUUCAGGAUGCUUACUUCUAACGACGCGCUGCAAGUCGGGGACGAGAUCGAGACGAAGUCGGUCAUCAACUCUGUCAUGAUCACCGACGCUGGCAAGGCGGUUGAGGUCAAGGCAACUCUGCUCAAGGCAGGAAAGCCCCUCAUGGAGAUAAUCAGCACUUUCUUGUACCGCGGCAAGUUCACCGACUACGAGAACACCUUCCGCCGUACCAGCGAACAACCCGUGCAAGUCGUUCUGGGUUCGACCAAGGACAUCGAGGUCCUUCAAGCCAAGCCUUGGUUCAGCCUGAAGGCAGAAGCGCCCGCGCUCAAGAAGGGUGCUGUAUUGAUCUUCCGUCUUGAGACAACGGCUCAGAACGCUGAUGCUGCUAAGCUCGCCACCGUGAAGACAUCUGGCACAGUCUCGCUCAAGACCACUCGUGAGGUGUUCGAAAUCGGAACGGUUGAUUACGAAGCUACGAACGUGCAUGGAAACGUCGUCCUCGAAUACCUCAAGCGUCACGGUUCCUCCAUCGAGCAACCCGUGUCUUUCGAGUCUGGUGGCUACUCCGUCCACCCCAACCCCAAGCUCUUCCCCGCCACGGUAACGGUGCCCUCGUCCAACGACCCCUAUGCCGUCAUCUCCGGUGAUCUGAACCCCAUUCACACCAAUGUCUUCUUCGCCGAUCUGGCCAACCUUCCCGGCACCAUCACACACGGCAUGUGGACGAGCGCCAGCACCAGGAAGUUCAUCGAGCAACACGCGGCAAACAACCAACCUGAACGUGUGAAAGCCUACAAGGUCACCUUCCUCGACAUGGUCCUCCCUGGGGAUCAACUCGAGACUAAGCUCUACCACUUCGGUAUGAGCAACGGGAAGAAGCUCAUCAAGGUUGUCACGUCCAACUCUCGUGGAGUGAAGGUUCUGGAGGGCACUGCAGAAGUCGAUCAGCGUCGCACUGCCUAUGUGUUCACUGGGCAGGGUUCUCAGGAAGUCGGCAUGGGAAUGGAACUCUACGGGUCCUCUGACGUCGCUCGUGAAAUCUGGGAUCGCGCGGAUGCACACAUGCUGAAAACCUACGGUCUCUCAAUCCUGGAGAUCGUGCGUGACAAUCCAUUGUCCAAGACGGUUCACUUCGGUGGCAAGAUGGGAGCAGCAAUCCGUCGCAACUACACCGCCAUGACAUACGAUGUCAUUCGCGACGGAAAGUUGAAGAGCUUGCCUCUCUUCCCCGGCAUCACCGAGGAUACCUUGUCGUUCACCUUCAGCCAUCCUAGCGGGCUCCUCAGCGCCACUCAAUUCACUCAACCUGCUUUGACGCUCAUGGAAAUUGCUUCCUUCCAAGACAUGCGUGCUCAUGGUCUUGUGCAACAGGAUUGCCCGUUCGCUGGUCACAGUUUGGGUGAAUACGCCGGUCUUGCUUCCGUCGGUGAAGUUCUGUCCGUCGAGAGCCUCGUCGACGUUGUGUUCUACCGUGGUAUGACGAUGCAAGUCGCCGUCCAGCGAGAUGAGCAGGGCAGAUCCGAGUACGGAAUGUGCGCCGUGAACCCGUCCCGUGUCAGCCACACAUUCAACCAGCAAGCCUUGAAGUUCAUUGUGGACACCAUCGCUACGCAAUCGAACUCCCUCCUCGAGAUCGUCAACUACAACGUCGACAAUGUUCAGUACGUGGUUGCCGGUGUGCUCGAGAACCUUGACUGCCUUCGCCUCGUCCUCAACAAGCUGAAGGGCAUGAACCUCAACUUCAUCGAGUUGUCCAAAUCCAAGUCCGCGGAGGAAAUCGAACAAUUACUAAGCGGUAUCGUCAGCGAAGCAAACGGUGUCGUGGCCAAGCGGAGAGCUACUAGCAACGGUAUCCUUACCCAAGAGCGCGGCGUGGCCACCAUUCCCCUUGCCGGCAUCGAUGUGCCUUUCCACUCGAGCUUCUUGCUCAACGGUGUCGUUCCUUUCCGUGAAAUCUUGCGCAAGAAGUUCGAGCCCCGCUUCAUCAACGUCAGCCUCCUUAUUGGCAAGUACAUUCCCAACUUGACCGCGGAGCCAUUCGCUCUUACCAAGGGCUACUUCGAACGUGUAUUCGACUUGAUUCACUCCGACCCCUUGAAGGAAGUUCUCUCUAACUGGGACGAUGCUGCCAACUCUACACCGGCUCAGCAACAGCAACUGGGUUACAUCUUGUUGAUCGAGUUACUCGCUCACCAGUUCGCAAGCCCUGUACGCUGGAUCGAGACACAAGACAGACUCUUCCGUGACUACAAGGUCGAGCGUCUCAUCGAAGUCGGACCCAGCCCUGUCCUCGCUGGCAUGGCUGCUCGCACUCUGAAGAUCAAGUUCGAAGCUUACGACGAUGCGGUCACCCAACGUCGUGCUCAGUUCAACACUACCAAGGACAGAACCGAUAUCUACUACGCCUUCAAGGAUGAAGUGGAAGCUGAGGAAGAGCCUACUCCGGCGGCGGCAGCACCCAAGACGCAGCCAGCGGCUGUUGCUACUGCACCGGCGCCGGUUGCUGCUGCUGCCCCCCGGGCGGCUAGUGCUCCAGUCGCGGAUGAGCCCAUCACGGCGAAGGAAAUCCUGAUGGCGCUGAUUGCUCAAAAGUUGAAGAAAACUUUGGAAGACAUCCCACUCACGAAGAGCAUCAAGGAUCUCGUCGGCGGCAAGUCCACCCUUCAAAACGAAAUCCUCGGAGAUCUCGCGGCGGAAUUUGGCAAUGUUCUUGCUGACAAGGCUGAGGAGCUUCCUUUGACCGAAGUGGCCGGUGCUUUGCAAGACACUCACUCUGGGUCGCUCGGAAAGACUAGCAACGGCUUGAUCAACAAGUUGAUCAGUUCCAAAAUGGCUGGUGGAUUCGGAAUGGGUCAAGUCAAGGCAUACCUCACUGGUACCCACGGACUCGGUCCCAACCGCGCGCAAGGUGCUCUCCUUCACGGUCUUCUCAUGGAGCCUGCGGCACGUUUCACAUCCGAAGCUGAGGUGAAAGCCUGGUUGGACACGGUGGUCACCGCUUACGCAAAGAAGGUUGGCAUCACUCUUGGUGCGGCCGCCUCUUUGAACGAAUCGGCUGGAGGUGCCUCUGUCGUCACAGUCAACAGCGAAGACUUCAACAAGCACAAGCUCGGCAUGGACCUUCUCAUCAAGCAGCAACUCGAGACGUACGCCAAGUACCUCGACAUCGACCUCUUGGCUGAAGCCCGAGGAGCUGCCGCCUCCAAGAGUGCGUUAAGUGCCUUGCAAUCCGAGGUUGAUCUCUGGCUCGCGGAGCAUGGCGAUUUCUACGCUGAAGGAAUCAAGCCUACCUUCGAUCGCCUCAAGGCUCGAUCCUUCGACUCGUACUGGAACUGGGCUCGCCAAGACGCCUGGGAGAUUUACUACGACAUGGUGUUCGGCAGGAUCACCAACGUGGACCGCGAACUCAUGAACCAGUGCAUUCACUUGAUGAACCGCGUUGACGAUCCCGAUUCGCUCAUCAGCUACAUGGAGUACCAGCUUGAACAUGGCACCGUUAACAAGGGACCAAAUGCGGAGAAGGCGAAGAAGCUUGGCCAGAUCCUCUUGGACAGCUGCCGACAAGCUGUGAACCAGGAUCCCGUUUACAAAAACCUCACCUACCGCCCGACUAAGCCCAAGACCCACAUCAACGACGCUGGAGAACUCGUGUACACGGAGGAGAAGCGCAAAGCUACCAACAUGAAGGAAUACGUCGAAGAGGUAAAGGAGGGUAGCCACCUGACUCGCAUUCCGGACUCCCAAGUCAUCGUCAGCAAGUUCGAAGAGCUGCAAAAGUUCAUGGCUGCCAGCAAGGACUUGACCGGCGAAACCAAGACUCAAGUCGAUGCCAUCUUUGAGCAAAUCCGUGAGAACCUCCCGGCCGCAACAUACUCCGCCGACCGACUCCCUUUCGUCUUCCUGAAGCGCAGGAACCCUCACGAUCCCAGCGAAUGGCAACCCAACUCGGAACUAACCAACAUCUACCUCGAGGCCCUGACCCAAGCGGCCAAAGACGGUAUCUCUUUCAAGGGCCGCUGUGCGCUCAUCACCGGUUGCUCCAAGGACUCGAUCGGAGUCGAAGUCUUGAAGAUGUUGCUGUCGGGUGGAGCUCAAGUCAUCGUGACCACUUCUCGAUUCAGCCGCUCUGCCUCCGAGUUCUACCGCAGCGUGUUCGAGCGCCACGGUGCCAAAGGCUCGAGACUUGUGCUCGUCCCUUUCAACGGCGCUUCGUUCCAGGACGUUGGUGCCCUUGUCGACUACAUCUACGACCCCAAGGGCCUGGGUUGGGACCUGGACUUCAUCAUUCCCUUCGCCGCCAUCAGCGUGGAAGGACGCGAGCUUGACUCCAUCGACUCGCGAUCGGAGCUCGCGCACCGCAUCCUGUUGACAAACGUUCUUCGUCUGAUCGGCAAAGUGAAAUCCAAGAAGCAAGCUAUGAAGUACGACACACGUCCAGCUGUUGUCGUCCUUCCAAUGUCUCCGAACCACGGAACCUUCGGCGCUGACGGUCUCUACGGCGAGUCCAAGAUUGGUCUUGAGACUCUGUUCAACCGCUUCCACUCCGAGAGCUGGGGAAGCUACCUCAACAUUGUCGGAGCUGUUAUUGGAUGGACCCGCGGAACCGGUUUGAUGUCUGGAAACAACAUCGUCGCCGAGGGCAUCGAGUCUCUCGGCGCUCGCACCUUCUCUACGCACGAAAUGGCCUUCAACAUCAUCGGACUCCUUCACCAGAACAUCGUGAAGCUGUCCAUGAACGAUCCCAUCUGGGCCGAUCUCAACGGCGGUCUUCAGUUCGUGGCCGACCUUAACAAAAUCUCUUCCGGUUUGCGCCAGUCCCUUUUGGAGACUUCCGAGAUCCGACGUGCUGUUGCCCGGGAGAGAAUGUUGGACGAGCGGACUCAAAAGGGCCCCAUCAAGCACCAAGAUGUGGUCGUCACCCCCAAGGCCAACAUGAAGUUCGAUUUCCCUCACCUCGAAAGCCAGAAAUUGACUCACUUGCGCGGUAUGCUUGACUUGGAGAAGGUGGUCGUCGUCACCGGGUUUGGUGAAGUGGGACCUUUCGGAGGUUCGAGGACCCGUUGGGAAAUGGAAUCCACUGGAGAGUUCUCGCUCGAGGGUUGCAUCGAGAUGGCCUGGAUCAUGGGUUUCAUCAAGUUCCACAACGGACCUCUGAAGAAGCUCCCAAACUACACUGGAUGGAUCGAUGUCGAGACGCAGGAACCCGUCAAGGACGCCGAUGUCAAGACCAAGUACGAGAGCAAGAUAUUGCAGCACUCCGGUAUCCGUCUCAUCGAACCCGAGCUUUUCAACGGCUACGACCCUGAGCGCAAGUUGAUGUUGCAAGAGGUUGCCAUUACCACCGGCAUGACUCCUGUGGAGGUCAGCAAGGAGGAGUCGGAGGCAUUCAAGCGUCAGCACGGAGAAGCCGCCGUCGUCGAGCAGCGCGGCGAACAGUACUUCGUGCACCUCCAGAAAGGCGCUAACAUCUACGUUCCCAAAGCUUUACGCUUCGACCGACUUGUUGCCGGACAGAUUCCCACCGGAUGGGACGCCAAGCGGUACGGAGUUCCCGAGGAUAUUGUCUCGCAAGUCGACCCCAUCACACUCUACACUCUCGUCUCCACCGUCGAAGCGCUCGUCACCUCCGGUGUCACGGACCCCUACGAGUUCUACCAGUACGUGCACGUCAGCGAAGUCGGAAACACCUCCGGUGGUGGUAUGGGAGGCAUGCGCGCCAUGCAGAAGAUGUUCAAGGACCGAUUGCUCGACAAGCCCGUUCAGAACGACAUCCUGCAAGAGAGCUUCAUCAACACCAUGCCCGCGUGGAUCAACAUGCUGCUCUUGUCCUCGUCUGGUCCCAUCAAGACACCCGUUGGAGCUUGCGCUACCGCGGCGGAGUCCGUCGAAGUCGCCGUGGACACUAUUCUUUCCGGCAAGGCCAAGGUUGUCCUUUGCGGAGGAUACGACGACUUCCAAGAAGAGGGCUCCUACGAAUUCGCCAACAUGAAAGCAACCUCCAACUCAAGGGAGGAAUUUGCCCGGGGACGCGAGCCUCGCGACAUGUGCCGCCCUGCAACAGACACCCGAGCUGGUUUCAUGGAGUCUCACGGAGCCGGUAUUCACGUCCUCAUGAGCGCCGACCUCGCGAUCAAAAUGGGUGUGCCAAUCCGCGGUAUCAUUGCCUGCACCAGCACCGCUACGGACAAGAACGGCCGUUCCAUCCCUGCUCCUGGGCAAGGUAUUUUGACAACCGCUCGUGAAGCCCCUGGCAAGAUUCGGUCCCCAUUGCUGUCUUUCGAAUACCGCGCGAAGCAGCUUCGCCUGGAAAAAGAACACAUCAAGAAGUCCGUUGAGGAGCAGUACAAGAGCCUUGCAGAGGAAGUUGACGAGCUGAAGAAGGCCGGUGAAGAUGUUGAGGACUUUGUUAACGAAAGGACUGCCUUCAUCGAGAAGGAAGCUGCCAGGAGAGAAAAGGCGGCUCUCGCCACCUGGAACCACGACUGGUGGAGGAAUGAUUCAGCCAUUGCGCCUAUUCGCGGUGCUUUGGCCUCGUACGGUUUGACUAUUGACGACAUCGGUGUCGCAUCAUUCCACGGCACGGGUACCAAAGCGAACGACUACAAUGAAUCUUCGGCAGUCAACCAGCAAAUGGACCACUUGGGCAGGACCCGUGGAAACAUCUUGCCUACCGUCUUCCAGAAGCAUUUGACCGGUCACCCCAAGGGCGCAGCUGCAGCUUGGAUGCUCAACGGCGUCUUACAAGUGCUCGAGAGCGGAAUCGUUCCUGGCAACCGCAACUUGGACAAUGUCGAGGACCGCCUCCGCCAGUUCAAGUACCUACUAUACCCAAGCCGCUCCAUCAAGACGGACGGUAUCCGCGCCGCGCUGCUCAAGAGUUUCGGUUUCGGCCAAGCCGGUGGUGAAGUUCUCGUUGUUCACCCCGACUACCUCUUCGCCGCGUUGGAGAAGUCCGACUUCGAUGCCUACCUCGCUCGCCGACAGAAGCGUCAGAUCGACUCGUACCGAUACUUCCACGAGAUGCUCACCGGAGCCAAGCCCUUCGUGCGUGUCAAGGACGCCGCUCCUUACACGUCUGAGCAGCAAUCCACUGUCUACCUCGACCCGCUCGCCCGUGCUGCUUACGACAACUCUUCCGGCUCUUGGAACUUCAAGGCACGAUCCCGCUCUGUCAAGGUUCCUGACCUGACCGUGACCAAAGCUAUGUUGGAGGCGUCGGCCAAGAACGGACCGUGGGCUGAGACCAAGGGAGUCGGCAUCGAUGUGCAGCUCAGCGCCGACAUCCCGAUGGACAAUGCCACUUUCAUCGAACGCAACUUCACCAGCGGCGAGUUGGCUUACUGCACCAAAGCUGCCGAACCACAAUCAAGCUUCGCCGGACGCUGGGCCGCUAAGGAAGCUGUCAUCAAGGCCGUUAGCAGCGCGGCAUCGGAAGCUGUCUGGACCAAAGGCGCAGCGGCACCCUUGAAAGACAUCGAGAUCGUACGGGCGACGGACAAGGCUCCUGAAGUUGUUUUCCACGGAGAAGCCAAGGAAAUCAUCGAAGCUGCCGGCAUCCAAGACGUGAAGGUCAGCAUCAGUCACAGCGGAUCGUAUGCUGUUGCUAUCGCCUACGCCAAGUAG